CCGUAUCGGUUGCAUAGUUACAAAAGGAAUGACCUAAUGUGAUUUAUUAAGAGCAUGAAUUCCACAGAAGUAACAGACCUCUCAGAGAUGUGAGUUUAGAUCAGCCUAGGCUUAUUUCAGGGGUUGACACUGCCACCCAAUGCCGCCCACGUGGCCACACCCCUCUCCUCGGGUAGAAGCAAAGCACAUCGGUGUAACACAACACUGCAAUGUCCUGCGCUUGUAUCGUGAACAGUGUUUUUUUUCCCUAGUUUUUCUCAGCUGUUUUGGUAUAUGCUUAUUCUUAGAGACGCCUAAUCCGUAAAAGUUCGUUUUUCAACAAUCCUACCGUGGGAAUUUUGGGCGGUAGCUAUUAUUGGAUUUUCAAGAUUUACUCAGCGUUCUGAAAUCUGACCAAUCAGAACCGCCGAAAGAGAUGUUCCCAGCAUACGCGCAUCUGAUUGGUGGACGGCGCAGAGGAAGCGUUCGCCUGACAACCAGCGCUAGGGAGGUAACGGCACUGAGAGAGGAGAAACAACAAGAGAGAUAAAGCCAGCGCCCUUAUAAAAUAAUUAAAUUAAACAUCCAAGAGGAUUGUUGUGUGACAGCCCAAUUUCUAAGAACCAGAAGAGACCGUCUGCAGUUUGCGUAUAUGUAGACUUUAUCAGAAGUCUGCCACCAUGACAGCUGAGGAGACCAUCAACAUAAAGGAGGUGGAGAUCAUUAAGGUGAUUCUGGACUUCCUGAACUCACGGAAGCUGCACAUCAGCAUGCUGGCCCUGGAGAAGGAGAGUGGAGUAAUCAAUGGCCUCUACUCAGAUGAUAUGCUCUUCCUCAGGCAGCUUAUUCUAGAUGGACAGUGGGAUGAGGUGCUGCAGUUUAUUCAGCCUCUGGAGUGCAUGGAGAAGUUUGACAGGAAAAGAUUCCGUUACAUUGUACUUAAGCAGAAGUUUCUGGAAGCUCUCUGUGUAAAUAAUGCCAUGUCAGCUGAGGAUGAGCCACAGCAUCUGGAACUAACCAUGCAGGAAGCUGUAAAAUGCCUCCAUGCUUUGGAAGAGUUCUGUCCCUCCAAAGAAGACUACAGCAAACUCUGCCUUCUCCUCACUCUUCCUCGUCUUACCAACCAUGCUGAAUUUAGGGAUUGGAACCCAAGUACAGCACGCGUACGCUGCUUUGAGGAAGCGUGUACCAUGGUGGCUGAGUUCAUCCCGGCUGACCGCAAGUUGAGUGAGGCAGGUUUCCGGGCCGGUGCAGACCGCCUGUUUCAGCUACUGGUCAAGGGUGUGCUGUAUGAGUGCUGUGUUGAGUUCUGCCAGAGCAAGGCCACAGGCGAGGAGAUCAGUGAGGCCGAGGUGCUGCUGGGCAUUGACGUGCUCUGCGGCAAUGGCUGCGACGAGCCUGACCUCAGUCUUCUGUCAUGGCUACGGAAUCUGUCACCUAGUGUCUUUUCGUGUGCCUUCGAGCAGAAGGUGCUCAAUGUGCAUGUGGACCGGGUGGUUAAACCAGUACGAGCGGCCCAUGCUGACCUGCUCACACCGCUCGUCAGCAAACUCUCACCAUGCCCUGCCUCUCCUUUGCGCCGCCCACAGUCAGCUGACACCUACAUGUCACGCUCGCUCAAUCCAGUGCUGGAUGGCCUUGCCUAUGGCCUGUCUGGCCUAGAGAGAAGAGGAGGGACCAGAGCCAGUGAGGUGGGGAAAGCAUCACCCAUGUCACAUUCAUUUGCCAACUUCCAAUACCCUGGGGGGCAGAACCUGAGCCGGAGUUUGAUGAUGGAGGAGUCACAAUGCCAGAGCAUCUUUGAGGAGUCACCUGAGAGCUCCAGAACUGAAACUCCCUCAGAUAAAAUGAUGAGCUUAAGUGGUUCCCAGAACUCUCGCCCAGUCUCUGCUCCGGGUCAGGAUGCCCCACCAACCACCUCUACAGAGAAGAAUGAGUUGCGUGACUCAAUGGAACAGUAUCAGGAGUACUAUAGGCAGCGCUUACGUGUACAGCAGCACCUGGAACAGAAGCAGCAACAGAGGCAGUUAUACCAGCAGAUGCUGCUGGAGGGUGGAGUUCAGCAGCAGGAGACUUCACCCACUGCCAAGCACAACCUCACUGAGACGUUUCUCAACAGAUCAAUUCAGAAGCUGGAGGAGCUGAAUGUUGGGAUGGAUGAUCUGGGUGAGGAGGUUCAGGCUCUCUCUCUGCAGUGUAAUGGUGGAGGAGGAGGAGGAGGAGAUGCAGGAAUAACUUCAGGGGGUACCACAGACACAACACUUCAUCAAGAUGGGGCAGGGCUUAGCAGCAGCACCCCUCAGAGAAACAGUGGACAAGCAACUGUUCCACCUCCCACUGAGUCCCCUGUGCUACCAAGUGUUCAGAUGGAGAGAGGAGGGCAGAGUGACACCAGCAUGACACGCACUAAAGAAACAGAGGGAGAUAAGUCCAAGACAAAGUUUGUAGCAGUGAGUACUUUGGAGGAUACACAAGCUGUGCGUGCUGUGGCCUUCCACCCAUCAGGGGCAUUCUACGCUGUGGGCUCCAACUCCAAAACCCUGCGGGUCUGCGCAUACCCUGACACACUCGACACCAGUGGUGCAUCUAAACCCCCAGUGGUGCGCUUUAAGAGAAAUAAGCAUCAUAAAGGUUCUAUUUACUGUGUGGCGUGGAGCCCCUGUGGGCAGCUUCUGGCCACUGGCUCCAACGACAAAUACGUCAAAGUGCUGCCUUUCAACACUGAAUCCUGCAAUGCCACUGGUCCUGAUCUGGAGUUCAGUAUGCAUGAUGGUACUAUUCGAGACCUGGCCUUCAUGGAAGGGCCUGAGAGUGGAGGAUCCAUCUUAAUCAGUGCUGGAGCAGGAGACUGCAACAUCUAUACUACUGACUGCCAGAGAGGACAGGGGCUUCAUGCUCUUAGCGGACACACAGGCCACAUACUGUCACUGUACACAUGGGGAGGCUGGAUGAUUGCAUCUGGUUCACAGGAUAAGACUGUGCGUUUCUGGGACCUACGUGUUCCCAGCUGUGUGAGAGUCGUAGGGACGGCUUUCCACGGGUCAGGUAGCCCAGUAGCCUCAGUGGCAGUGGAUCCCAGCGGGCGUCUGCUAGCCACAGGCCAGGAGGACAGUGCCUGUAUGCUGUAUGACAUCAGAGGGGGGAGGAUGGUGCAGACAUAUCGACCUCACUUGAGUGAUGUGCGUUCAGUACGGUUCUCCCCUGGAGCUCACUACUUGCUCACUGGCUCCUAUGACACAAAGGUUAUCACCACAGACCUACAAGGAGACCUGACGAAGCAGCUGCCAUUGACUACAGUAGGACAGCACAGUGAUAAAGUAAUCCAGUGCAGGUGGCACCCGCAGCACCUCUCCUUCCUCUCCUCAUCUGCUGAUCGCACAGUCACCCUCUGGACACACAACACAUAGAGCCAUCUCUCACCACACAUCUCACUCUACUGACAAAACUCCCCAGUUGGAUGAAACUGUAAAUACUCUGUGUGUGUGCGUGUGUGUGCAUGUGUGUGUCUGAGUUUAUUAUUUCUAUAUUCUUUUUCUCUUUGCUUUGUGACAGCCUCUCUUCCUUGCCUCUUCUUUAUCAAUGUUGCGUAAAUAGUAGCAGUUAAAUUGUUUUCACACGAGCUACAUGGUUCCAAGUGAUUUCAGCAUUACCUAUCAGCAAAAAAAGAUACUGUUUUAUUAAUUAAAAACAGAACAAACAAGUAAAUAGGUCAAAGUAGCACAUGUACAGAGCACUCCCUAAUUAAAUGAGUGAAACUACAUGAUUUCUAAAAUGCUAAAAAGAUCUCUUUUUGCUGAAAGAUGCAUACAUAACAUGUUUUAUGAUGUUAUAUAGGCAAUGAAGUCAGCAAAUCUCAUUAUCACAUUACACAAACAGCUGGAGUUGGACAUACUACAACUUGUCAGAUUUCUCACAGUUCCAGGAGUUUAUGUUCCCUUUCAAUGGUGCACUAUUGCCUGUAUUCAUCGUCCAAUUACAUAACUGACCGUAUCACUGUAGUAUUGUAAACUUCUUUAAGUUUUUUAAUUGUAAAAAGCAAACCUGAUUAAAAAAGACAGAGGCUUUUUUACACCCGUGUGAAAAUAGAAAUGUAUACUUUUUGAAGUGUACAUUAAGUAUACUUCAGUCAUGGUCUUGAUCUUCUUCUAUCACACAGUCAUAAUGUUAGCUAACUUGCUAGAGUCACAUAUCUACUGCUGGACACAUAACAUUAGCUGAGCUAAUUAUGUUGUUGGCAACAUCGUUGUUAAAUAAUGAUGUGCCAGUUCUGUUAGGCAUGCACACCUCUGUUUUUCCACCCACACUUCUAGAAAGAAAUCUGUUUGUCUCCAAUCAAGCUGGAUUUCAAAGCUGGAGAUCUGACUCAUCCCACCAGAUCAUCUGUGCUGUCACUUGGCUCCAGCCAAACCCUUGAUCUGAAAAUCUGGGGAAAAUGGGAGAUAAAAUUCUGUAGUGCAUAUCAAGCUUUAGGCAAACUAGCAUUAAAAAGUUAAUCAAUGAUUCUCACUCUAGAAGGGUCAGAAUUCUUCCAAUAUUUUCAGACAUUUUAUGAUUGGAAAAGGUACACGAGUCUUGUUGUGUGAGAUGGUCAGUGGACUGAUACAGGCAACAGCCAAUGACAGAGCAAGGAGGGGAAAGAAGGAAAAUGGUGAAGAGAUGUAUGACCAAUGCACCACAGAGAUGGAGGAUAAACUUUGUGAAUCAAACUUUGAGAACUCUGAAAAUGAUGUCCCAAUUGAUGUCCUAGUUUUCAUCCACAGUUCUCAGUUUUGUUUCUUAUACUUAUCUGUGUAAAAAGGCACAAACAAGUUAACUAAGAUGCAGUAUGUUUAGCUCCAUUUUUUUUUCUCCAUGAGAUCCGUAGUGCUGAGGAGAUGUUUAGUCUAUGAAUGCUGUGAAGAAAUGUGUGUAAUACCCCAUGGCCAAUUUCUAAUUGUCAGGCUUUUAUAAGUCAUGCAGUAUAUGCACAUCAUGAAGGAAGAUCAGACUGUUGGCCAGAUCUUAAUGUUGGCCCAAUUAAGUCAUUUGUUAAACAUAAAAGUAACACAUUCUGAAGUGUGCAACACAUGCCUCAGAUACCUGAACCUCGUGAAUAGAUGUUUCUGUGUGCUGUGUAUUUCGUGUGGUGCCUUGGUUCAUGGGUCAUUUAUAAAGCUUUAUGAUACACUCAGCCAUUCCAACCAACCAGGUAUUAAGAAAUAACUGGGAUUAGGGUCAAUUCCAUUCAGUUCAGUUCAGCAUAUCCAAUAUUCACCUGCUGUAAUUUGAACUAACCUCUUCAUUCCAUACGGUUAUCGUUUAUUUAUUCUUUGUGAAAUGUCCGUAUGGUCUGGAAAGCUCUUCAUGAACAAAACUAAAUCAGUCAUAUAAAAUAAUUUAAUACAUUCAUUCCUUCAUCUUCAGUAACUACUUUGUCAUGAUCAGGGUGGCGGUGGAGCCCAUCCCUGGAACACAUUGGAGCAUGAGGCAGGAAUCUAUAAUAAUAAUAAUAAUAAUAAUAAUAAUAAUAAUAAUAGGUGGAUUGUUGAUUUGCCUCUAGGUGGGAAUGAGAGUGUGGAUAGACUCUGGAUCCACCUCAACCCUCAUAAUAAUGCUGCGGUGGUAUGAUGGUGCAGCAUGUAGUGUUUGUGUUUCUCCGUGUGUUUCCUGCAUCAUAGUCCCGGGUGCGUUCCCGAGUGUUCCCUAGAUAGGCUUCAGAUAUAUUGCAUACCUGAGCAGGAUAAAUUGGCUAGGAUAACUGGCACUGAACAGAUUGAAUUGACACCCAUUUUAAAAGAAACAGUGGUAUAAAGUGCUCAUAAAUAGUCACCAUCCUCUCAUUGAUGAUCCUCUCACACUCAGUGUUUUGCUGCUGUGUGUGUUAAAUAGAAAACGCAUUCAGGAAAAAGAAAAUGUACAGUUUGUGAUCAAAGGUGUUAAAAAGAAUUCGGUCUAUGUGCAAGUAGACUGUCAUGCAUUAUACUAUUACUGAAUUACCUUCUGUAUGAAUGUAAAUCCUGUGUUUUUCCCUAUUGCUUGAAAUGCAGUGCUUUUGCCUGAAAGACAACAUCUGUGUGCAUCUCUUGCCUAUAAAAUCACUGUUUUUCACUACUCUGUUAAAAUGUUGAACUAAGAUGAUGACAAAUUUAUGCCAUUUUAAAUUUAGCCAAAAACAUUGAUGUUAUCCUGAUUUAUUUAUUAUUUUGUCAGAUCAAAACUAACAUAUUAACAUAUUUAUUUUAGCAUUUCUGUUAGAGCCUUGAUCUAAUUUGUCUUUGAUAGCACCCUAUUAAUGCAAGUAUUUAUUUAAUUUUUUUUUCAAAUUCGGGAACUAAUGUCAUUAAUAUUUUAUGCAAAAACAAGUGUCUGCUGCUGUAGAGUCAAAAUAAAGACUUCUUUGUCACUUUC